GCAGAGAGAAGAAAGAUGGAAAGUAAUGCGGUUUUACUGGAAUCCAAGUCCUCUCCCAUCAACCUCCUGAAUGAAAUGCAUCAGCUGCGUCUCCUGGGCCACCUCUGCGACGUGACUGUCAGCGUGGAGUACCAAGGCGUCAGGGCAGAGUUUGUUGCUCACAAGGCUGUAUUGGCAGCGACAAGCAAGUUUUUCAAGGAGGUGUUCCUUAACGAGAAGGGCAUGGAUGGCCCGAGGACCAACGUGUUCUUGAACGAGGUCCAGGUUGCCGAUUUUGCUUCAUUUCUUGAGUUUGUCUAUACCGCUAAGGUAGAAGUGGAAGAAGACAGAGUGCAGCGUAUGCUAGAAAUAGCCGAAAAGCUGAAGUGCUUGGACCUCUCGGAAACCUGCUUUCAAUUAAAGAAGCAGAUGCUUGAAUCGGUGCUGCUGGAGUUGCAAAACUUCUCGGAAUCACAGAACUCCGAGGAAGAGAGCGCCGCCCAGCCAAGCAUUUUGCUCGAGUCCAAAGCAGCUGCUGUGGCAGAAGCUGACCAGGCAGACCGUCCUCUGGAUUCUCCGGAUUCCCCAGCUGACAGGCGCAGCAAUGGAACGUCUCCCGAGAUGCCAGCUACCAAAUCAAAAGAGAAAAUGGACAAAAAAAAUAAGGAAAUGAUGAAGCCUCCUUAUGCCAAAAUCAGGAGGGCGAGCGGGAGGCUGGCUGGGAGGAAAGUAUUUGUGGAAAUCCCAAAGAAGAAAUACACGAGGCGGCUGAGGGAGCAGCAGAAGACCGCAGAGGUUGCUGUCGAAGAAAACAAAUAUCCUCAAGACCAGGAUAUGUGUGAUGUGGAGAGAGAGGAGGGGCAAGCGGAGAACAACAUCAAACCUGAAAGCGAAGAAUGCGAUGGCAACUUUGAAUCAGAAGAAAGCCUGAAAAAAUCCGAAGAGGAUAAAAAGAAACGAGGCAGCAACUUCAAGUGCAGCACCUGCGAGAAGGAAUUCCUGUAUGAGAAAAGUUUUCUCAAGCACAUAAAGCACAGCCACGGCAUUGCGGCCGAAAUCAUUUAUCGGUGUGAAACCUGCAGUCAGACCUUUGCCAACCGGUGCAACCUAAAAAGCCACCAGCGCCAUGUCCACAGCAGCGAGCGCCACUUCCCUUGUGAGCUCUGCGGUAAGAAGUUCAAGAGGAAGAAGGACGUCAAGAGGCACAUUCUCCAGGUUCAUGAGGGUGGUGGGGAGCGUCAUCAGUGCCAACAGUGUGGAAAGGGGUUGAGCUCCAAAACUGCCUUGAGGCUCCAUGAAAGGACGCAUACAGGCGACAAGCCUUAUGGGUGCACAGAGUGUGAGGCUAAAUUUUCUCAGCCUUCUGCACUUAAAACACACAUGAGAAUCCAUACUGGUGAAAAACCUUUUGUCUGUGAUGAGUGUGGCGCCAGGUUCACUCAGAAUCACAUGCUUAUAUAUCACAAACGGUGUCACACAGGGGAAAGGCCUUUCAUGUGUGAAACCUGCGGGAAGAGCUUUGCCUCUAAGGAGUACUUGAAACACCACAACAGAAUCCAUACCGGAUCCAAACCGUUCAAAUGUGAAGUGUGCUUCAGAACGUUUGCACAGAGGAACUCGCUCUACCAGCACAUAAAAGUUCACACAGGUGAGCGACCCUAUUGCUGUGACCAGUGUGGCAAGCAGUUCACGCAGCUGAACGCGCUGCAGCGUCACCAUCGAAUACACACCGGGGAGAAGCCCUUCAUGUGCAACGCCUGUGGGCGAACGUUCACCGACAAGUCAACCCUCCGACGGCACACUUCGAUACACGAUAAAAACACCCCCUGGAAGUCCUUCCUUGUCAUAGUUGAAGGAGCAUCUAAGAACGACGAAGGUCACAAAACAGAGCUUCCCGAUGAGGAAUAUGAUGUGUCACCUAAAAUACCAGAGAAGCUCCUGUCUUUCCCUGAAAACGGCCACUAUCAAAACUUGACUGCUGUCCCGGGGAGCGUGACUGCGUUGCACGACACCGGUUCUGCCGCGGGAACAGACUGUAAGUCAGACGGGACACCGGGACCGCAGGAAGCCCUGAUAGCCACCGCCUUGAGCGAGCUGACAGUGCUGCACACGCAGACAGACGCUGUUCAGCCACAGUUUCACGCUCUGGUGAACAUGGAGUAA